GUGAAGAGAAAAGAAAGAAACCAAUGGCUUCCACUUCAGCUGUUUCAAUGUCUCUGCCAUUAACUCGUGCAAGCCAAAAUAGGGUGCCAAGUUCCGAGACUUUCUCUAACUUUAAGCCACUGCCAGUCAAGCCAUCAAGGGCAGUAGCAACUACAAGACCCAAUGGAAGGCUUGAAGUCAAGGCAUCAUCUUCACUCAAGGAGAAGGCAGUCACUGGAUUGACAGCUGCCGCCUUGACAACAUCCAUGAUGAUCCCUGAGGUGGCUCAAGCUGCUGAUGGAGUUACUCCAUCUCUCAAGAACUUCUUGCUUAGCAUUGUAGCUGGUGGUGUUGUGCUUGCUGUCCUUGUUGGAGCUGUAAUCGGUGUGGCCAACUUCGACCCCGUCAAGCGGAGCUGAGCCAUAUAAUUCUGAGAUGCUGGUGAAUUUUCUUUUAAAGAACCUCUUUAUGUACCCGUUUAAUGUUUCCAGUGUUGAACUAUUUGUCUUCUGUGUGAGUGUAAUUUGUGGCUGCCAUGGAUGUAA